UGUGGACAGUAAUGACCGCACGUUUCCGAUUGCCUGCUGGCAGAACCUACAAUGUACGAGCAUCUGAGCUGGCACGAGACAGACAGCAUACGGAGGUGGUCUGCAACGUUCUUCUCUUGGAUAACACUGUACAAGCUUUCAGAGUUAAUAAACAUGAUCAGGGACAAGUUCUGUUGGAUGUAGUCUUCAAGCAUCUCGAUUUGACAGAGAGAGAUUACUUUGGUUUACAGUUGGCUGAUGAAUCUACUGAUAAUCCUAGGUGGUUGGAUCCAAAUAAACCUAUCAGGAAACAAUUAAAAAGAGGAUCACCUCACAGUUUGAACUUCAGAGUUAAGUUUUUUGUAGGUGACCCAAACAAGCUCCAAGAAGAAUAUACAAGGUACCAGUAUUUUUUGCAAAUUAAACAGGACAUUCUUACUGGAAGAUUGCCCUGUCCUUAUAAUACUGCUGCUCUUCUGGCUUCCUAUGCUGUUCAAUCCGAGCUGGGAGACUACAACCAUUCAGAAAACUUGCCAGGCUACCUCUCAGACUAUUCUUUCAUCCCUAGCCAGCCUCAAGACUUUGAAAAAGAAAUAGCAAAAUUACAUCAGCAGCACAUAGGGCUGUCACCUGCAGAAGCAGAGUUCAAUUAUCUCAAUACAGCACGUACCUUAGAACUUUAUGGAGUUGAAUUGCACUACGCAAGGGAUCAGAGUAAUAAUGAAAUAAUGAUUGGAGUGAUGUCAGGUGGAAUACUAAUUUUUAAGAACAGAGUACGAAUUAACACCUUUCAGUGGUUGAAGAUUGUAAAAAUUUCUUUCAAGUGCAAGCAGUUUUUUAUACAACUUAGGAAAGAAUUGCAUGAGUCUAGAGAAACAUUAUUGGGAUUCAAUAUGGUGAAUUACCGAGCAUGUAAGAAUUUAUGGAAAGCUUGUGUUGAACAUCACACCUUCUUCCGUUUGGACAGACCACUCCCCCCUCAGAAGAACUUUUUUGCACAUUAUUUCACUUUGGGUUCCAAGUUCCGGUACUGUGGGAGAACAGAAGUCCAGUCUGUGCAGUAUGGUAAAGAAAGAGCAAAUAAAGACAGGGUAUUUGCAAGAUCCCCCAGUAAACCCUUGGCACGGAAAUUAAUGAGUGGGAUGGACUGGGAAGUAGUGAGCAGGAACUCACUGUCUGAUGAUAGGUUGGAAACACAGAGCCUACCAUCACGGUCUCCACCUGGAACCCCGAAUCAUCGCAACUCUGCCUUCACUCAAGAAGGAACCCGGUUACGACCCUCAUCAGUUGGACAUUUAGUGGACCAUGUAGUUCACACUUCUCCAAGUGAAGUAUUUGUAAAUCACAGAUCUCCUUCUUCCACCCAGGCUAAUAGCAUCAUACUGGAAUCAUCACCAUCUCAAGAGACUCCUAUAGAUGGGCAGCCUCCUGCAUUACCACCCAAACAAUUCAAAAAGAACAGUUGGAACCAAAUUCAUCAUUCACACUCACAGCAAGAACUGGAUAACCAUAUUAAUGAAGCAUUUGAUGUUCCCGCAUCACCUGAAAAAUCCACACCCAAUGGUGGUAUCCCCCAUGACAAUCUUGUUAUGAUCAGAAUGAAACCAGAUGAAAAUGGAAGGUUUGGCUUCAAUGUAAAGGGUGGAUACGAUCAGAAGAUGCCGGUAAUAGUGUCCAGGGUAGCACCAGGAACACCUGCUGAUCUCUGUGUCCCUCGUUUGAAUGAAGGGGACCAGGUUGUAUUGAUUAAUGGCAGGGAUAUAGCAGAACAUACCCAUGAUCAAGUUGUUAUGUUUAUUAAAGCUAGCUGUGAGAGACACUCAGGGGAACUUGUGCUCCUAGUUCGACGCAAAAUCAUAGAACG